UUGCACGUCCGAUUCUUAGGCUCAGCCCCUCAUUUCGUCACACAAUCUAUCUUCGGUCUCGCUUUGUUAUUUGCUCGAGGUCUUGGUUGAACGGCGACUCCUUCGAGAUUCAGAGUGGAGGAACUGUGAGGAUGUCAGAGAAGGAGCCUGAGAUUGUGCCGGCGCCGAGCGUCGAUGAGGGCCAACUGGCCGCCGAGAAGCAGAUGCGGGACAUUGGAGCGGAGCUGUACCUAGAGGUCCAGCAGUACUCGAGGGAAGAGUUGGAUGCUGAGAGGAAGAUUGUGCUGCGGAAAAUUGACUGGGUCAUUAUGCCUAUGAUCUGCAUAACCUACACCAUUCAAUUCCUGGACAAGCUCUCACUGAACUACGCCAGCGCCUAUUCCCUUAUUCCGGACCUCGGCCUCCAAGGACAGCGCUAUAGCUGGGUAGCCGCCAUCUUCAACUUCGGAUACCUCUUCUGGGCGCUGCCGGCCAACUAUCUCAUCCAACGGCUGCCCGUCUCAAAGUACACCGGUACCAUGAUCCUCGUCUGGUCUAUCCUUCUCUGUUGCCAUGUUGCUGCAAAGAACUAUGCGGGUAUGCUUGCGCUUCGCUUUCUGCUGGGGAUGUUUGAAGCCAGUAUCAGUCCCGCCAUCAUGAACAUCGUAAGUAUGUUCUACACAAGGAGCGAGCAGCCUCUGCGGAUGUGCGUCUUCCUUGCGUUCAACGGAAUGGCAACGAUGGUUGGAGCGCUCCUGGGCUACGGACUAGGCCACGCGCACAGCUCGGCGAUCAAGACGUGGCAGCUCAUCUUCCUCGUUAUAGGCCUCAUAAACUUCGUCUGGUCCUGGGUCUUCCUUUGGGUUAUGCCGGAUUCGCCCUCCUCGGCAAAGUUCCUCACGCACAAGCAGCGCAUCGUGGCAAUCGAUCGUAUCGCAAGCAACAUGAUUGGUGUCAAGACGAAGCAAUACCAGAUGAAACAAGCCCUGGAGGCUGUUCUCGAUGUCAAAGUACACUUGCUCGUACUCAUCGCGCUCUGUUGCGGCGUCAUCAAUGGAGGCGUAUCCAACUUCGCGUCCUCGCUCAUAAAAGGCUUUGGCUUCUCAGGCAUCAACGCCACCCUGCUACAACUCCCAACCGGCGCGUUCGAGUUCUUCCUCGUCCCACUCUGCGGCCUCGCCGCAGGCUACUUCAAAAACACGCGCUGCAUUAUCCUCGCGCUUAUCUGCCUCCCACCGCUCGGCGGUCUUCUCGGCAUCCGCCUCACAAGCCUCUCCCAUCGCUGGACCCUCGUCGGCUGCACUUGGCUGCAAUACCUCGUCGGCGCGCCCGUCAUCCUCUCCUGGAACCUGCUCACGACCAAUAUCGCGGGCCACACCAAGCGCUCUACUGCGAACGGACUGUGGUUUCUGUUCUACGCCGCGGGGAAUAUUGCGGGUGCGAACAUCUUCUUUGCCAAGGAGGCACCGAGGUACUUUUCAGCGCUCACGGGGCUGAUUACGUGUUAUUGUGGGAUGGUGGUGGUUAGCUUGGGAUUGGCGGGUUGGAUGAAGUGGGAGAAUGGGAGGCGGGAUCGGUUGUGGGGAGAGGGGGAGGAUGAGCAGGCGGUGGUGGAUGGGUUUCGGGAUCAGACCGAUGGGGAGGCGAAGCAUUUUCGGUAUGCGUUGUGAUAAGAAGACGCGGAGUUCUAGGGAAGGACAGGAGUAUCUUGCGA